CACAUGCGUGCUGUCGCUGCUGUAUUUUCCUUUCGUUUCUGCGUCCGGCCUGUGCAAGCAGAUCCCCUGUAAAGCCGCUGGGAGAGCGGUCUGUCUUCGUGAUCGCUACGUGUGUGGAAGAACGCCGUAUAAGCGGUUUAAUAGCCGCUCUGUGCAGCCAUGUCUUGUUCUUGACCCAUCGCAAGAAGCAAUGACCGCGGUAUCGGACCGCUUCCGUGGUGGAAGCAUGACCGCUACUCUUUGCCGAUUUUCGUGUCGCUCUAACAAGCUACCCGAUGGCCGACGAUCGUGAAGAAUACCCGGGAGAGCUGCUUCACCAGGCUGCUCUGUGGGGGAACGCCGAGCUGCUAGAAGACUUGCUCAACGGCGACCAGGUGCGGCUCAUAGAUGCUCCGGAUAUGCAUGGAAGGACAGCACUUCACGCAGCCGCUACCAACAGUGACGAGACCUGUGCCCGCAUCCUGCUACAGUCUGGUGCGAACCCGAGUGCCGCUUGUGGAAUUCAUGACCAGCACAAGACUCCGCUGCAUGUAGCUGCUGAGCUGGGUCAUGUGUCGACGGUACGGCUGCUGCUUGACUCGGGCGCCGACUUGCUGGCCCGUGAUGCUCAAGGCCAGACAGCCACUGAUGUUGCUGAGCUUGCCGGGCACGCGCAAGUGGCAGAAAUGCUGCGAAUGGCCACCGAGGACCUGGAGCAGAAGCACCAGGAGAGCUACACUCGACUGGCGGCUGCGUGUGCCUUGGGCCAGGUGGAUGAAGUGCGAGCCCUGUUGACAGAGCUGGGCCCCCGGGCUGAGGCAGUGGUGAACAGCGAAGGAAGCGCCGGGGGUGGCACCCUGCUCUACAGGGCCUGCGAGGAUGGCCAACUGGAGAUCGCCCGCUUACUGCUCGAGCAUGGUGCCGAUGGUAGAGCCCACCUGGUCACUCACUACUCGCCUUUGUAUGUUGCCUGCUACAGGGGACGUACUGACAUCGUGCCCUUGCUGCUUGAGCACUUUCCGGAGUUGGUGCGUGAGCCAACGGUGGAGCGCUGGCUUCCAGUACAUGCAGCGGCUCUCGGUGGUCACGUGACUGUGCUAGAACAGCUGCUGGGACACGCCUACCCGCCUCAUCUACAGAGGCUGCGGGAAGAUCCCACUGGAAAAUGGGAAUACCCGUUGGCCUUCGAUGUGAAUGCACAGGACGCCACAGGCCAGACGGCCCUUUACAUGGCUGCCUGCCUCGGUCAUCGACGCUUUCUGGAAGCUCUGCUGAAGUGGCGCGUUUGGGCAAAGCGGCUUCUCACAGCUGAUGAAAGCCCAAUUGCAGGAACUGCUCCAUACACUGGGCAUGUGCAGUCCAUCGUGACACGCCUCAACCUGGCCUCAGGAGGAGCCGCUCCACGUGAAAUGCAACUCUGUCCCGUGCGGCUGGACCUCUACUGCAACCAGGGCAGCGAGACGGCACUUCACGUGGCCGUGCGCAAGGGCCAUUACGCACUAGCAGCUGCUCUACUGCGUGCUGGAGCUGCACCGAACCUUCCGAUGCGUGGAGACAGCCCAUCGGGUGCUCUGCUGGAAGCAUGCCGGCGAAGGGAUGCCCAGAUGGUGGAGUUGCUUCUGCGUCAUGGGGCACGAGACGAGGACGGAGCUGCCCUGGCAGCGCUUCUCCCACAUGGUGGGAGGCUUGUGUCACGUCUCCUGUCGCUGCGUGCGUACCGUGAUCCCGAGCAUACCAUUAACCAGGGCGCCCUAGAUGGCCUCGCCCUGGCACCCAGCGUGCCUGUUAUGAUCAACUGGCACGGCCAGCAGUGCCUGGAGCAGUUAUCCGAACGUUGGCUGGCUGACGCUGCCAUGGCGCUCAACCUCAAGCUCAAGCUGCAGCCGCAGCUGACCGGCCCCGCGCUGGCCGCAAUAACUCGGCUGGACGUGUCGGGGAACGCCUUGUCUGAACUGCCCGGCUGCGUGUUUUUGUCCCUGCCGUCGCUGCGCCUGCUGGCUGUUGGACAGAACAAGCUGGCCACGUUGCCCGACGUGGUCUCCGCUGCGCAACUGGAAGAGCUGCAGCUGCAGGACAACCGGCUGGAGACGAUUCCGGGAACACUGUUCCAGUUGCCGUCCCUUCAUACACUUGACCUGUCCAACAACAAGUUGCAGGUGCUUCCUGAGGAGCUGUGGGGAGCACCCCGGCUACGAGAUCUGAACCUGUCGAUGAACAUGCUGUCAAGGCUACCCAGCGAGCCGGGCGGAAAGUCUGCUCCGCAGGAGCCUGAACCAGAGCCUGUUGCGCCUCGUGCCCCAUCACCGACGUGGCCACUCGAACAUCACUGUCUCUGGAGGCAUGCACUAGAGGUGCAAGAGACAUAUGCGCCCGAAGGACCUGGUUCAGGAUGCCCACUGAGCAGCCUCAACCUGUCGCACAAUGCAUUCGAGAGGCUGCCUCCCAUGCUGGCUUGCAGGGCUCCCCACUUGGCUCGAUUGAACCUCAGCUACAACGGCCUGGCCUCGCCUGGCGAGCUGAGGUUCUACCCUGUCAGUCUGCGCCACCUCGACCUGUCGUCCAAUAGAUUAAGGGUGUGGUGGACGCCGGCCACAAGCGACACCACCUGUGCUGCUACUGGUGGCAGUUGCUUUCACCGUAGCCACUGGCGGCUGGAGAAUCUGCGCACACUGCUGCUGGCCAGCAAUCAGCUGCCGGGGCUCGAAGGUCUGGUGGGCCAGCAAGACGGGAGCGACUCCAAGGAGGUGCCUCUCUUCCCGAAUCUGUCCAUGUUAGACGUGAGCAACAACCUGCUGUGUGACGUGCCGGCCACGCUGUCCGAACUCGGAUCCCUCUCGGUGUUAAACUUGAGCGGGAAUCCGGGCAUCAUCGAGCUUCCUCCGCAGCUUGGCCUUCUGUCUAAACUGUGGAACCUGAACCUGCGCGGAUGCAGCCUGCAUGAGCCGCUGGCUUCUAUGGUGCGCUCGACACGCUACCGCACCACCGACCUCGUGGGAUACCUCAAGUCCAUUCUUCAAGAUGCUCGCCCAUAUGCCAGGAUGAAGUUGAUGAUAGUGGGCGUACAGGGCAUCGGAAAGACGUCUCUUUUGGAGCAGUUGCGACAGGAAGGCACGGGGUCGUACCGGAAGAGACCUCCCGAACAUUGGGGCAAGCGCGUGGGCCACAGGGGCCUUGGUUUGAAGACACCCAGGGGAGUUAUGCUGUCCACCGUAGGCGUGGACCUGGGCGACUGGACGCUGAAGGGACGACACGGACCUGUCACGUUCCGCACGUGGGACUUUGGUGGCCAGAAAGAGUACUAUGCCACCCACCAGUACUUCCUGUCGAAGCGCUCACUGUACUUGGUGGUGUGGCGUAUAACUGACGGGGAGCGAGGUGUUCAAGGCAUCCACCAAUGGCUCAUUAACAUCCAACUGCCGCUCGCGGCACAACAUCCGGCACCUCUGCCAAUCUAUGAUGUGGCCUUUGACAUGCGCUGUCCAGGCAGCAAGGAGCGCCUUCUGGAGCAGCGCAUUCCAGCCACCUACUUAGCCCUGGAGGACGUUGUGGGUAGCCUGGCUCUUGAGCGGCGGCUACAGGGCAAGGAACCUGUUUUGCACGCCGAGCAGUACCGUAUGUUGGUGAUGCAUGAACUGCAGCAGAAGUUUGACUGCUGCUUUCGGGACAUGGCCGAACUCAACCAGGCCACCUCGUUCCUGCACGACAAUGGUGUACUUCUACAUUAUGAAGAUGCCACACUCAAGGACCUGUAUUUCUUGGAUCCACAGUGGCUUUGCGACGUGCUGGCUCAUGUAGUCACUGUACGUGAGAUCAACCCUUUUGCACGCAAUGGCAUCAUGCGUUUGGAAGACCUGCAGCACUUGUUCCGAAGUGCUGAAACACGCAGCUACUUGCUGAGCCUGCUGAACAAGUUUGAAGUGGCUUUGACAUGGGACGGUCGCAGCCUGCUCAUUCCAUCCCUGUUACCUUCCGAAGAGCUGCUUCGUUGUGGACUGCCGGGAGCCGACGUCCGGGUGCCUGUGAGGUCCCGAGGCUGGGGCCUGCGCUCCUCAUUGACUCGAGGGGUUUCAGCCGGCGCCGUGCAGACACCCGGGAGCGGCGGAUGCACACUGAGGGUGCUGGCUGCAAGCCGGGAACAGCCGGCUGUGCAGCGGCUUGUGCUGCUCUCGUACCUCCCCAGUGGUUUCUGGGCCCGUCUUAUCACUCGCCUGCUAGCUGAUGACCAGGUGGUGGAAGCACUUCGGGGCUACCUGGCCCCGCCACGCGGCUGGGAGAAAGAUCCAGGUCUUGCUGCUGCACUGUCACAGCGCGCCGAGUGGCUCUGCUGGCAGACAGGGCUUGAACUACGUCAUGCACAGGCUGUAGUCCUGCGUCUGCGUGAAGUGGUGUCAGGUGGCGCGCCCUGUGACUUGCUCGGAGCCCGUCCGCGCGUACGCCUGGAAGGUCACUGGAGCCCCGUAGAGACCCAGGGUGCAGUUGCUCUGCUGCUGGAGCUUCCAUUGGAGAGGCGGCAGUGGGGCCCUGCAUUGCUGCUGCCACGCAUGGAGAGUGCAACGCAGCUGCUCGCCCUAGCGGCGGACCACGUCGACACUCUACUCGAAGACUGGUAUCCCGCUCUGGGCACACGCUUCGUGCACACUUCCCAGGGGCGCUUUCUGGUCACCCGUCUGGUACCAUGUCCUUCUUGUGCUGCCACUGGGCUGGGCUGCAACAUGGCCCCUUCCUCUGGACCACCGUCUCGUGCGAGCACCGACAGUGGCGUUGUUGACAGCCGCCCUGCAUCGGCAGAGGGAAUGGAGGAAGCAAUCACAGGCCCAUACGCCUUCUUGGUGGAAGAAUGCAUUCUGGCAGCCAACGAACGAGGCGCUGUCACCUGCCCGAUCCACGGAGACUUGCGUCUGGCGCAGUUAGCACCCGACACGGUUUUUCUAGACCUAGGUGAACGCUACCUUGUGCAACCAGACCAGAUACGGCGGGGCCGAAUGCUUGGUCGAGGAGCGUUUGGCUUUGUGUUCAAGGCAACCAUGAAGCAGAGGGGCUCAGGAAAGUUCACAGAGGUCGCCAUGAAGAUGCUGCAGCCAGUAGAGCCUGGCUAUGGGGCGCGCCCAUCGGACACCGUUGCCUACAAGGCCGCACGUGCUCAGUGGCAGCGGGAACCCCUGCAGUAUGCUUGCAAAGCGUACUGCACAGCUCGGCAGGAACUGAGCAUUCUGCUGAGCGUGCGUCACCCUCAUGUGGUGGCACUGCGUGGGGUCUGUCCACGGCCUCUGGCGCUCGUGUUGCAGCUGGCUCCGCGCGGAGCGUUGGAUGCCCUUCUUGCUGACUUCCGGCGUUCAGGAGCACACCUGCCUGCAGGCGCACUGCAAAGGAUCCUGUUGCAAGUAGCACGUGCCCUAGAAUACCUUCACCAACAGCACAUAAUAUACCGGGACCUCAAGUCCGAGAACGUGCUGGUGUGGGCGCUGCCAUUACCCGGGGAACCGGACGGGGUCCCCGUGCAAGUACGACUUGCCGACUACGGCAUCAGCCGAGCUGCCCUGCCCACGGGAACCAAGGGCUUCGGUGGCACUGAGGGGUUCAUGGCCCCUGAGAUCAUGCGGCAUAAUGGCGAGGAGGAAUACACAGAAAAGGUUGACUGCUUCUCCUAUGGCAUGUUUAUGUAUGAACUGCUGACACUACGGCUACCUUUCGAAGGCCAGGACUGCGUUAAGGACCACAUUCUAGAUGGAGGACGACCAGUGCUCACACGUAGAGAAGCACUGAGUUAUCCGGGCUAUCUGCUGGACCUGAUGGUGUGCUGUUGGGCUCAGCAGCCACGUGAUCGACCCUCGGCAAGCCAGCUUGUGUCUAUUGUCAGCGCUGCCGAGUUCGGACAGCUGUUGGAUGUGGUCUCCCUUCCAGGAUCGCAGCCCCUCCUGGCAGCCAUCUCUUUCACAUCUGGCACUGAAGAGGAGCCAUCAUCCGAGCUGUGGCUCGGGCGCACAGACGACCAGGUGAAUCUGCUGACCUGUGACAGCAGCCACUGGCAAGAACUCAAGGUGCUCUCCAUCCCAGCAAUCACCUGCCUGUGUGUUGUUAACAAUGACGUCUGGCUGGGAAGUUCCCAAGCAAGAGUGCACAUCUACAGCCAGGACAGCCGUCAGGAGCUGUGCACUGUGAGUCUGCUGGAGGAAGGAGAUGAAGAAGUCGCCGUGCGCGCCAUGCAGCAUGUCCCUCAAGCAGGUCGUGUUGCCUUGACAGCGGGUUCUCGGCUCUGGCUGUGUGACGAGGUCACUAAGAGCCUGCAGGAACUGGACGUGCAGGCUGCUCCACUUUGUCUCGGUGUUGCCCAGCCAGAUGACAGGCCUGCAGCAGAACUCUGGUGUGGUGGUUUGGAGGGUAUUCUUACCAUCUACGUGCUGCCCGAGAGUGGACCGGUCUCCGGCCGAGAGGCUCUAGAACACCCAGAUACCGGCACGGUCUCCCAGCUUUGUGCCCAGAACAACACUGCCUGGUCCUACCUAUAUCCAGGUUGCGUGGUGUACCAGUGGGAAUGCAGUUCGCGCACCCUUUUGCACCGGCUGGACUGUUCCAAGCUUGCACCCUGCUCCGAGAGCCUGCUGUCCAUGAGCAUAGAGGAGCACCUUAGCCGUGGCCGGUGCCAGGUGACAGCCAUGGCCUACGCCAGCGGUGCUCUGUAUGUGGGCACCGCCUGGGGCUGCCUGGUGGUUGCCGAGGCAACUGCCCUGAGGCCCCUCACCGUCUUUCGGCCCUUCGAAGAGCCAGUUGAUGCUGUACUGUCGUUGGGUGAGCGUGUGGCUGCCCUAGGGAGAGGCUAUCGCAGCCUGCUGGCUCGCUUCCUGCCUAGCGCAAUCACUGGAGAAGCCAGUCAGCUGUGCGCCCUCUUGUGGUGCACGGAUGGAUGGGUGAUUCCCUAGUGCCACUUUACGUCUCUUCCAGUUCCUUGCUAGAUUCCCCCUAUUUUGGAUUUGCCUGCAUUAGCUGAACUACUUAAAGGAAACCGCAUCAUGUUUCUUGGUUUACUGUGAUGGAACAAUGGUGCUAGACACGUAUACGUGUGCAAGAGAAUCCAGCAGAAAAUUACGUCGGAAUCUAGGUCAUGUGCCACUGGCUCAAUGAACUACACCGUGACGGGUCGCCAUCUUGAAUCGCUGCAAGCGUUUCGUGUGUUGGAUUUGUGUGCAGAAGACUACAGUACUGGAUAUCCAUUGCACGAGCGACGAUGUACGGGAAAGAACUAUCGCACCUCUAAUGUGAAACCCCGUCAUAUUCUCCUGUGUUUCAGGAGAACACUUGACGUGCUCACCGCCAGAGAUAUUGUUGCAAGUUAUUGGUGGGAGGAAGAUCGUGAGGAUAUGCUGAACACUACGAAGUGGUGGUUCAGCUGUCACUGGUAAGGGAGCUCAAGGAAGGCAUUGUGCCGUUUGGAUAAGUACAGCAUCUGCAUUCCAUCACUGGCUUAACAGCGUCCAGCCUGAUAUUUUUAUUGCUAACUACAAAUGAAAGAAAAAAAGGCGAACUGGCUACACGAUGACGGGGGCAGUCGUAUCAACGCACUUUUUGCAGGCACUUCUUACACAAGAUUUCUCACCGCCACGAGCAGCUGUUCAAUUCGCAUGACCACAAAGCAUGUGAUACCCCUGCGGUAAGUUGUGCCUGCAAAGACUACUAGACUGUCAUGGCUCAUUUCUUUUAGGAGUUUGCUCGCUGUAGCAAUUAUUUAUUUUGCGGACAAUUAUCUGAAAGUGUGGUUUGUUAGCUGUUCACUUUUGGCCACUAGAUUCACACGGCUUUGCAGAGCACAUCAGUGAUUGAGAAUUUAAGUGCUACCUGGUGCAAUGGAGAGGUUAUCAUGAAAACACUGACCAAUCAAGUUACAGUACAGUGACGCAUUAUCUUGAGCACUCAAGAUUAUUUGCUAUUCGCUCAUUUUUAACGCCAUACAGAGAUUUUUUUAUCACCAUAACAAUAUGCAGAGGCAAGACAAACGAGUAACCUCAAUCUUUGUUUUGCUGAAUGUGUUUCUGAAAUGUGCAUUUACUUGGUUGGUCGAUGCCAUCGCAGAUUAUGCGGUAGACUCCUUUCGAGGUCAACCUGCAGCUAUAUUUUUAUGUCGUCGGCUGUACACCAUGCAACAGAGCUGUGUUGUGUUCAUAGAGAACUCUACAAUGGUUCUUGUGCUGGUCUUGUCACAGGGAUAUUGUUCAACAAAGCUUAUUCUAGAGUGAGUCUACAGCUGGGGCUCUAAGCUCACAUCAUGCACCAGGCAGCACAUAUUGUGCAUAGUUCUUCAUAGGCCGUUGCGUGGAAUGUCUAGCCGAGAGAUGAGACAGUUUUUAGAUAGAUAUUUAGAUCUGUGUUUUAUAGAAGUGAGGGGAAAAAGGUCGAA